CGAAUUUACUGUAUUGGAGAGAGCACACUGUGGUGGAGAGAAAGGUGUUUUCAGUUGCCUAUGUAGCAGAGUCUGUGCGUGCGUGUAGUGUUUGUGAUUGCGCAUGAGAGAGAGAGAGAGAGAGAGAGAGAGAGAGAGAGAGACACACAACUGUUUUUGGUGUGGCUUGAGGUAGAGAGCGCGUGAGUAAGAAGAGUGUGAGGGCGGGAAAACACUCGGGAUUCCUUAAAAGUCGAUUUCCGACUGGUGCAUUUCAAGUUGCAGAUGCUGACAGAUGCGCUCAAAGACAGUAUCAGUAUCGAGGAAACACUGGUGAAGUGUGAUAGUAUGACUCUGUCCAGUGCCCCGCCUUUACGCAGAGGAAGUACCCCUCUGCCAAUCAAACACCAGCUCAGACGGGAAGAAGCAGUUCAUGAUGAUUGUGAUUGGACAUCAGGGUUGGCUGGACCUUCUCCUCCUCCAAUCAGUUUCAGCCUGGUGAAGGAUGAGACCAUCACCUCAGUGGUAGAGGGGAGACCCCCCUCUGAAGGGCCCUUUCGAAUUGCCCUGCUUGGUCAGAAUGGGGUGGGCAAGUCAUGCCUUGCUAUCGCCUUGGCUGGGGAUUUGGAUCGAACUGCAUCUGUGGAUUCUGAAGGGGAGGGCUAUGUGCACACUGUUACCGUGGACGACGAGGACUGCACCAUCCUUAUCUACGACAACUGGAGGCAGGACCUGUCUGAUCUCCAGUGUGAGGUGUGUGUCCUGGUGUUCUCUGUGACGGACAGGCGGAGUUUCCACCGCACCGCCCAACUCCGCCUCCUCCUCAGGGAGACGCAACCGCAAACUCCCAUCAUCCUCGUGGGCAACAAGAGCGACCUGGUCCGUUCACGUGAGGUCAGCACUCAAGAGGCCCUCACCAGCGCUUCUCUGUUUGACUGUCUAUAUGUAGAGAUGUCAGCUUCUCUGGAUCAUCGCACGGCAGAGCUCCUGGAGUAUGCUGUGAGGUUAGCCAGGGGCCUCAGCCCGGUGCCUCCAGGGGCCUGUGGGCAUGACAUGGCUGGCGGCCGGGAGAGCAUCACCCACCGUGCCAAGCGUUUCCUCACUAGCCUGGUCCCACGCUACCCCCGCGAGAGGGAACGAGACGGGGGCAAGUUCUUUAGACAAAAGUCCCGGUCCUGCCAUGACCUGGGUGCCCUGUGAUCAGGGAUGAUGGAAGGGAUAGAAAGAGAGGGGGGUGGCUAGAAAGAGAGAGGGGUGGCUAGAAAGAGAGAGGGGUGGCUAGAAAGAGAGGGGUGGCUAGAAGGAGAGAGGGGUGGCUAGAAAGAGAGGGGUGGCUAGAAAGAGAGAGGGGUCGCCAGAAAUAGAGAGUUGUGGCUAGAAAGAGAGAGGGGUGGCUAGAAAGAGAGAGGGGUGGCUAGAAAGAGAGGGGUGGCUAGAAAGAGAGAGGGGUCGCCAGAAAUAGAGAGUUGUGGCUAGAAAGAGAGAGGGGUGGCUAGAAAGAGAGAGGGGUGGCUAGAAAGAGAGCAAGAGGGAAAUAAGAUGUAAGUAAUUGCAAAAUAGAGAUGGAUUCGAAGAGGUAAAUUAUGGUGAUGAGAAAAGUGAGUGUCAGUGUGUGAGUGUAAAAGUGAGUGAUGGGAAGAGGAUACAGUUGUGGGGGAUGACACAUGCAUAAAGUGGAGAAGAGCAGGAAGAGAGAAUGGCAUUAAAGAAGAGAUGGAUGUAUCUGGGUUUAUUCAUGUAAAAAUGUUGUACUAGACAACCAUAGGUGAUAGAAAACCAUUCAUUAGCUGUUGAACACAUGUAAAUACAACACAAAGCAUCAUACUGUAGUGGUGGGAUUGAUUAUCCACUUCUAUUCCCAUGUGAUUUCAUUGAGGAUCAAAUAAAAUAGUUAUAGAAGUCAUGAGAAAGGAAGGUGACUCUUUUUAUCUA